AUUCAACUUUACUUUCACCAAAAACAAAGCAGAGCUAAGAAACCAAAGCAGCAGAGGCAGCAGCAGCAGAUUAAUUACCCUAACUCUCUUAAUCCUUGUAAGCCAGCUUGAAAAUUUCUGGCGCCAUUUGUUCUUGAAGCAAUUUUUUCAAAAAAAAUUACCGGGAUAUAAGAAGCUAUUGAAGCCAAAAUUCCUUGAGCAGUUAAUCAUCUGCUGUGACGAGAAGCCAUGGAAAUGGAGGACAAGGAUAGCGCUGACUACGGUUCCCCGGGCGGAAGCUCCGAGGUUCACUCGCAACCGUCAAGCGGCGGAGCUUACGACGGCCAGGAAAGCGCCGCCGUCGCCGGAGCUACGGCGCCGGAAAUAAUGAAUGCGGCAGCGAACAUCGGCGUCGAGAAAAAUGCCGGAGCAGUUACCUCACCAGCUGUAGCGUCCGGAGCCGGAGCAAUCGGCGGAAGCGCCGCCGCAGGCGGCGGCACCACCGCCGGUAGCGGUGACUUAUUGGGGAAAAAAAAGAGGGGAAGGCCGAGAAAAUACGAUUCGGAGGGGAAUCUAAGCGCGGCUUAUCUGAGAUCAAAAACCGCCGCCGCGGCAGCGGCGGCGCAGAAUCCAUCUCAGCCUGGGUUCACGCUCUCAACGCCGCCGUCGUACGAGUUUCCGGCGGGCCCUAAGAAAGGCCGCAAGUCUUCUGGAUUUGGGAACUGGCAAGCCCUCGCUGCUUUGGGUGAGCUGUUCACGAACACCGCCGGCGGCGACUUUACGCCGCAUGUAGUAACUGUACACACCGGAGAGGAUGUAGCUGGGAAGAUCCUUACAUUUGCUCAAAAGGGGAGUCGAGGAGUUUGUGUUCUUUCUGCUAAUGGAUGUGUUUCCAAUGUUACGAUUCGACAGCCCGGUUCGUCGGGAGGACUAUUGACAUACGAGGGCCGGUUCGAGAUACUAACGUUAACGGGAUCUUACACGAUCUCGGAUAACGGGGGAAUCAGAAGCCGGACCGGCGGGUUGAGUGUUUCUCUAGCAAGCCCCGACGGUCGGGUGAUUGGCGGCGGUGUCGCCGGGUUGCUCAUGGCCGCUAGUCCGAUCCAGAUUGUAGUCGGGAGCUUUGUGCCGAACGGGUACAAGUUCCAGAAGAAGAAGCCGAAUGCGGAGCCGAGAUCGGCGUCGCCGACAGUUGCGGUGGCUGCAGCCACGGUGACGGCUGCGGUACCGUUGUCGCAGGCGCCGCCGGAAACGAACAUUUACACGGCGACGGCGGCAGCGGCGGGGCGGUUUGGGUUUGCGGUGCAGCAGAGCCAUCAGGGCGGCGGGGGAGAGGCGGAGAAUAGCUUGAGCAAUAAGGAGCACCCGAAUUCGACGUCGACGGACACGACGACGGAGUGGAACGGGUCGAGGCCGAGCUCGGAGCCCCGACCCUACCCGGAUAUUAACUUAUCCAUACCCGUUGAGGAGCACUGAAUUAAUAAUAAUUAUAAUUAUAAUUAUUAUGCUGACAUAGUGUGGUGAGGUACUGAUGAGAGGAAGUAAGAAGAAGAGCAAACAAACAGGUUGAGCUUUGAUCUGAUUGUGUUGUAAACAUGUUAGGACAGGACAAGAAAGGAUUACUCUUUGCCCUUGUUUUUUGUUUGUUUGUGUUUUUUUUUUUUUUUUUUGUUUUAAUGAAUUUAUGUGACUUA